AUGGCUGCCAAGGCAAGGGUCUGGAGCCUGGCAGGGGUAUACAGCACCCUUGCAAUCUUCAAUGAGGCAUUCCUGAUGAAGCACUUCCAGGAUGUGGAGUUAGACCAAGGCGAUCCUCAGCCUGGAGACCUUUACCUGUUCCAGUUGCAGUCUGCUAAGGUGCAGCAGUUCGCGGCCCACGUGGGUGUUUACUGCGGCCAUGGAGAGAUCAUACACUUUGAGGGAAAGAACCCCGGUGGUAGUGAAGUAGAAAUGCUUGUGAAUUCUUGUGAAGGUGUUGUGCACAAAGAGGGCCUUCAGUGGCUGAAGCAAUCCCGAAAUCUCAUUCGUGUUCUUCGAAAACGUGGUGGCGUUGACUGUAAAAUGCUGGAACAACGAGUGCAAAAUGCUAUGAGCAGCAAACCUCCUGAAUACCAUCCUACUAAAAACAACUGCAUGCACUUUGCACUGGGCCUGUUGGGCAUGGACUCA